AUGUCUUUCUCUCUCUUUGAAGCGUGUAGGAAGAGAAAGAGAUGGCCCAAGGUUUUCAGGUUUCACUCUUUCGCCGACCCUGGUUGCCCCAUCAGUCCUAACGGACCUUUUAGAGAUAACAUUCGGCUCUUUCUUCAAGAAUGUGGAGAGCUUGAAGAUUUCCAGAUCCAGGGCAUGCCUCUGUGGACCACCUUUCUUAUUCACGAGAAAUCAAACAGUAUGACUCCUCUUUACACUAUUGAAGAGGAUGUCUACCACUCUACGCACCCUUUCUGCGACCAUUGCAGAUGUGCGGGCUGGAGCGGCCAUUUUGUGUCGAAGAGAAGGUACCAUUUCAUAAUCGCCGCCGAUAAUAAGCCAUUGAAUGAAGGUUCUCUUGAUAACCAGAGUCAUCUCUUGCAUGGAAUGAUUCAUUGCAAUGGUUACGGCCAUUUGCUCUGUGUUAAUGGCAUUGAAGGGGGUUCUAAAUUUCUCAGUGGCAGAGAAAUCAUGGAUCUGUGGGACAGGAUCUGUACUAUUCUCCGAACAAGGAAAAUCGCAGUUGAAGAUACAUCAAAGAAGCGUUCAAUGGAUCUUCGCCUGCUUCAUGGAGUUGCUUAUGGCCAUUCUUGGUUGGGUAGGUGGGGUUACAGAUUUUCUCGUGGAAGCUUCGGUGUCACAGAGCACAAUUAUAAUGCAGCAAUCGAACUUCUAAGUUCGUUAGAACUUGAUGAGAUCGUUCAAUAUUUUGGUAAUACAAUGUGCCAUAAAGAAAUCAAACAAAUAAUUCGCCACUAUAGAGACAUGAGUGAAACCCAGUUGAUUACAAUCAAGGAUCUUCUCAGGUUUAUGCUUACCGUCAAGUCUCGAACUCCUCCUGCACCCAAGAGACUAAUAGUCAAUGUCACUACUCCUCCUCCUUCAACCUUCUGUCCAAAAAACUCAACGAGAUUUGCAAUGCCAAGCAAACAAAGCCUGUUAAAGGAAAAAUCAGUGAGGUACAAAAAGUUCAGUUCAGCAGUGGCUAAUAUGGAUAGUAGGUGGCCUGCCAGGCGACUAGAAUACGCAGCCCAAGUGAUAGUAGAUGCAUUGAAGGAAAACAAAGCAAAUAGUUCGUGUUCUGGGGGGAUGACUAGGCAAGAUGUAAGAGAUGCAGCUAGGCUCCACAUUGGUGACACAGGCUUGCUGGAUUAUGUGCUGAAAUCACUGAAUAAUAUGAUUGUUGGAAACUGCGUUGUCCGGCGAAUGGUCAACCCGACAACUCGAAUCCUAGAGUAUAACAUUCAUGAGCUGGGAAAUGGGUCUAAAUCUCCUCAACUACAUCCUGGGCUACAGGUUUUUAAUUUUAAGGAGCCUCCAGCAGAAUCAGAACCAGUGCCAGGAAUUGAUGUUUACAGUGAUGUAGCUUAUCUGUACAAGAAUGUCCUAUUGGGCUACCCAGAUUCAGAACAAGCGGACUUGGCGGUUCAAACAAUUCUAGACAGUAGGCAUUUUGUGAAGGAAUGGACACUGAUCGAUGAAAUAGAGCAAGUUUUGACAUUCAUAUGCCGCUUGAUACCCAACUUCGUCGAUGAUAAACGAGAGUUGAACAAGGAAGUAUCCCCAGGUGAGAUAGUGAUGGUUCCCCUGCACGCAACAGUCCGAGACCUGAAGCAAGCAGCUGAGAUUGCUCUGAGGGAUACUUACUGUAUUGCAGAGAGAAUCAUGGUGAUAGAGAUCGCAGAGUUGGCGGGAAUAAGUGAUGAGGAAGUGCUUUUUGGAGUAGUGCAGUCUGGUGUGGAUCUGUGUGUGAGGGGAAUUGGUUUAGAUUUGAAUACUCCAUUGAAGUAUCAGGGAGGAUCAGACAACUGGAAGGUGAGAUGUGAAUGUGGAGCUCAAGAUGAUGACGGCGAGAGAAUGGUGGCAUGCGACAUUUGUGGGGUGUGGCAGCACACACGGUGUUGCGGGAUAGAUGACUCAGAGACUGUGCCACCAUUGUUUGUGUGCUCUGGGUGUUGUGAUUCGCUUGUACCUCCAAGGGUUGAUUCAGCCUUCAGCAGCAACAAUAGCAUGGACUGUGCGGAUGAUUUUCUGAUUUCCACAGAGCCUAAUAGCUUUCUGGAAUUUGGGUAUGGGUACUGAAUAAACGCAGAGACUCAUUUUUUGUCAUUGACGUUUCAUUCGAUGAUUCAUGUACUU